AUGGAACAGUCGUCUGGGACACCGAACCUCAUCGUUAACGAAACUUUAAACACUGAUAUGAUAAACAACGAACAAAAACAUGGACAUAACAGUAUCCAACCAAAGGAUAUUCAUAUAUCAAGUACUUCAGUAUCUGUACAUCAUCGUCGCAAGCGGUCGCAUAUAUCAUCAUUAUCGGGGCCUGUGCAUGCAGUUAAUCAUAUAGAAGCACCCACAUAUGGAGAAUAUGAAUUUUCAUCGUUAAAAGAUCAUGUUGACAUUGUAGAGUCGGCAGACGAGGAAAAUGUACUUCUUAGUUGCAAUCCUGAACAUUUUCUGCGUAGUGAUUCAACUUUUGGUGAAAAAUCCGUCGAUUCGCUAAAGCUCGCUAAACUCGAUCCGGAAUUCCGUGACUUAAUCUCACGUUAUGUCUGCUCGGAAUAUGUAGUUCAUUGUCUUGAACUGGCAGGCUUUUGUACACCGUAUGUUGUCGCCCGACUAGAUGAUCAUCAGUUACAGAGGCUUGAGACGUUUGUUGGACAUGCUUGUUCGAUUAUGAAGUCAAUUACCUUACGAGAGCAUUUCGUAGGGCCCAUUUUUGCAAAUGAUCCAUUAAAGUUUAAACUACCCUCAGGUGCUGCUUGUGGAAUUCUUUUGGCUGCACACGAAAUUCGUCGGAGGUAUCGUCGAUCUCAGUUAUCGAUAGAGGGUCAAAAUCCUAUUGAUGAGGAUUUCAUAAUUGUCCCAGACUCAUGUGAUCAGAGCUUCAGUGAUAUAGGUUGUCAAACAGAUUCUUCAUUGUCUCACUUAAUUUCUUCAACAUCUUCACCGCCUGUUACCUUGGCUGACCCAUUACCAAGCAACUUUGUGGAAAAUUCGGAUUCAACAUCUCCAACAUCGGUGGUAAAUUUGACGUCGAAAACCUACUUUUCAGAUUCCCCGAAUCCCUCACGCAGGUCAGAACCAAGUGUUCCACCUUCUGACGGACCAGCAGUGAUCAUGGCUGCUGCUCUCCAAGCUGCCGCAGCUGCUGUGAGUGGAAAUGGAUACAAUAAUAUCACUUUGUUUUCUAAUUCCUUACCCGAUGAAAACAGUUUAACGACACUCUCUGGUUUAAGUAGCUGUAACUCUGGUGAUACAAAUCCUGUGCUUCAUCCAGGAACUAGCAUCUCUCCUGUUUCAUCACGUAAUACGAUUCCAGUGUCAAAUAUGCCUUCUGUCGCCAUCACAUCAAAUGCUAUACCAUCUCAUUCUAACUUUUUGAUCAGUUCCUCUCCAGUCGGAUACGGAAAUGGAUUAUUUGAGAAUGAAGGAGUCAAUUUGGAGCGCUUGAAACAGCAUUCUUCAGCUAGUGCAAUCAGGUUAGCAUCACGACAGUUUGUUAACGCUUACCUUAUGCGUGGUCGAGAUUUUGAUAUGGAAAUGGAAUUGUCAGUGACUCCUGAGGGUUUUAAACGUGUUACUGGUAUAUUUUAUUGUCAUCUCUGCAGAGAGAAACGAGAGCGCACAUCAGCCGUACGCUUUUCCAUAGCCCGCAACAGGUAUCCUGUUUUGAGUAAUGUAUUAUCGCACUUAAAAACACAUUUUCAUUAUCGGGGUCAAACGUUAUCAGGAUUGCAGGCUGCGGUCACCCAACAAACUCAGAACUUACUCAAGUCGGCUAAUGCGCUUAAUGAGUCUUUUAUUGGAGAAGGUUUAGGUCAGUCUCCAGGACCGUUCAACAGUUCGAGCUGUCGCACUGAUUUUACGGUACAACAUACAAGUAAUUCAUCUAAUACGUCGCUUCUGCCAACAUCUAUUUCUCUUAACCAAUUUCAGUUACAAAUGAAACCUGAACCAGGAAACUGCACGUAUACUAUUGAAGCUGAGGGCAUUGA